UGACAACCACAGCACAGCGCGCGCUCAAGCGGUGCGCGCGCGCGCUCCUGUCCUCCGUCAUUCAUUUAACCCGGACGUGAAGCCGCUCCAUAGGAAAAUAUCAGAUACGGUAAAACAGCUUACCUUCACAAAAGAUCUUCUUCUGGAUCAUUGAAAAUCAAAACUCAUACGCACGCCACAGAAUAUCUGAAGCUGAGAAGUUCAUCAGAGGGAUGACCACGUGAUGCCACAUCUCUGCCUCAUCACCAAUAGACCACGUACUCUGUAUCCAAGAGGUGAAGGACUCGCGCCGAGAGCACAAACAGGCUCGUCCGCUCAGUUAAAACGCACCGCCACACACCUCUCUCUCAGGUUGUGAAGCUAAUGAACUGGACGGCUCACUGAAAAACACCUCGAGGUUCUGCCUGCAAUCCCUCUCUGUUCUCUGGGUUACGCUGAACACCAGUGUUUGCCCGGAUCCUGGCGGCGGCUGUGAGAUACACAUGCGUGCGUGUGCAUUAUUUGCCUUUGAGUGAGUAAUCAAGUGUGUGCGCUUUGUUGGGGACGUCCUGCGGUGGCUGGCGUAGUGACCCUCCCCCUACCCCACCCUCAACGUUCAAAACUGGCGAUGUCCAGGGUACCGAGUCCGCCCCCUCCUGCAGAAAUGACCAGCGGCCCUGUGGCCGAAAGCUGGUGUUACACACAGAUCAAAGUGGUUAAGUUCUCCUAUAUGUGGACCAUCAACAACUUCAGCUUCUGCCGGGAGGAGAUGGGUGAGGUCAUCAAAAGCUCCACCUUCUCCUCGGGGGCCAAUGACAAGCUUAAAUGGUGUUUGCGAGUAAAUCCAAAAGGUCUGGAUGAAGAGAGUAAAGAUUAUCUGUCGCUCUAUCUGCUUCUGGUCAGCUGUCCUAAAAGCGAGGUUCGGGCGAAGUUCAAGUUCUCCAUCCUUAACGCCAAGGGCGAGGAAACCAAAGCUAUGGAGAGCCAGCGGGCAUAUCGCUUCGUACAAGGAAAAGACUGGGGGUUCAAGAAGUUCAUAAGGCGAGACUUCCUCUUGGAUGAGGCCAACGGACUGCUGCCUGAUGACAAAUUGACACUCUUCUGUGAGGUGAGUGUGGUGCAGGACUCUGUGAACAUCUCGGGUCAGAACACCAUGAACAUGGUGAAGGUUCCCGACUGCCGGCUGGCAGAUGAACUGGGUGGACUGUGGGAACAUUCCAGAUUCACGGACUGCUCGCUCUGUGUCGCCGGGCAGGAGUUCCAGGCACACAAAGCCAUACUGGCAGCCCGUUCCCCAGUGUUCAGCGCUAUGUUUGAACAUGAGAUGGAGGAGAGUAAAAAGAACCGAGUUGAGAUAAACGAUGUGGAGGCUGAGGUCUUUAAAGAGAUGAUGUUCUUCAUCUAUACUGGCAAAGCACCCAACCUGGACAAGAUGGCUGAUGACCUGCUCGCUGCUGCUGACAAGUAUGCUCUGGAGCGGCUGAAGGUGAUGUGUGAAGAUGCUUUGUGCACCAGUCUGUCUGUGGAGAACGCAGCAGAGAUUCUGAUCUUGGCCGACCUGCACAGCGCUGACCAGCUCAAGACGCAGGCUGUCGACUUCAUCAACUACCACGCGUCCGAUGUGAUGGAGACCUCAGGGUGGAAGUCAAUGGUGGCGUCCCAUCCUCACCUGGUAGCAGAGGCGUAUCGCUCGCUGGCCUCCGCCCAGUGCCCUUUCCUGGGCCCCCCUCUCAAGCGCCUCAAACAGUCCUAGUGCCGUCCUUUACCGUUACCUGACCCGCACACCUACACACUCACACAACUGCCUACAAAUGGGGGUGGGGGCGCUAUUUUAGAUUUACACCCCCCCCCUGAGCUCUGUCCCUUUAGAUGCCUAAACCAGCUCUUGACCUGCCCCUUCCUUCACAUUAUUCCCCCCCAGCGCAGAGGAGCCUCUUUGUUGCAGCCCUGCCGACAGGAGUGUUUAGGCCACCACAGGUUGAACCUUGUCCGAAAACGUGGCCAGUCCCUGCACCAGUCUAUCCCAGAGUUCCUGUGGGCCGUGGAUUCUUGAGCAUGGGCGGAUGAGCUUUUGGUCGGGCAGUUAAGCACGAGAUGGAUUAAGACUGGACUUUUUAAGUAACACUUUCCACUGGCCACUACUGUGUGCUCUCCUUCACUGUGUGAACCGGUUGUCCAUCUCCGCUUCAUCCCUCCUUCAAAAACAGUGUGAUCGGCCAAUAGACAUUCCCCUUUACAGUCGCGGACGGAGGGAUUUUUCUUUGAGAAGGAAUCAAGGACAAGCUCUGUUAUCGUUGCGAAAGAACUUUUCUGUAGGUAGCAUGUGUCUUCGUAAUGACGACAUCAGCGUUCAGUAGAUUCCUGCGUGACUUUAUCAAUCCUGUUUGACCACAAACAGCUUUUUUUCCAGAACUGUCCUCUGUUUCUUGGGAAAUUUGAACAUAGAACUUGCCAUAAACUUUUGAAUUUUGACCCACAAGCUAACCUGGCUUCCAAAUGGAGGUGAAGUUCAGAUGGACUUACAAAGUGGUUUAGUCUCAUUUUACAGGGCGAAAAAAUUUACAAAUCCGCUGAAGAGUGUAAAAAUGGGGAAAUGCUUAUGGAACUUUUUUUUUAUUGCUAUUAUUAUAAUUAUUUUUAUUUUUCCUUGUGAUGUUUAUUUGGGAUUUUUCCUCCUUGUAGCACUUGUGUAUUUGAAUCCAGGCUUUCUGUAUGAAAAAAAACAAAAAAACAAACAAAAAAAAAAAAACAAUGGCAAAAACACAAACCUGUCUGCGUUUGUGUUUUUCUUUUUGUUUUGUAACAGGCACGACAUGUUUAUGUUACAGGCAUAUUUUAGCAGAUAUCCUGCUUUCUGCUGAUUUUAUUCUCUCUUUAUAUUUAGUUACAGUCAUGGAUUAGACAAAUCUGGAGCUCUUGCUGAAACGGAGAAUUGGCCUUUUUCUAACAAUUAAAUAAAACCCUGUCCGACUGACAGCAUACAAGGUUUUUGGUUCCAUAAAAAUAAUUUCAUAUGUGGCUUAAUCUUGUUUGUUAAAAAAAAAAUUGCAGUGCACCAAAUCUCACGAAAUAAUUUGUUCAUGCUCACAAAAAUUGGAAGACAAGUAGCCAAUGUUUUUUUACCCAAAGAAAAUAAUUUGGCAUAGUAGAUAGUUCUUAAUGUAAAUAGGGCUUUCUGAAUUACAUAUAAUGAAAUAAUCAUAAUAAUAAACACUAUCAAAUAAGUUACCAAUAAGUAUUAAAUAUUAAGCACAACUCAAUGGUAAUUUUCAUUUUCACUAUUCCUUUUAUUUUCUCACCCUCAAAUUGUUCCAAACCUGUAUGAAUUUCUUUCCUCUUAAAAACAACUGUAUUCUGAAGCAUGUUUGUAACCAAGCAGUUGACAGAAGCUAUUGAUUUUUAGUCUAGGAAAGAAAAUACAAACAUUAUUCAUAAUAUCUUAUUUUGUUUUUAGCAGAAUAAAUUUAUACAGGUUUGGUACAACUUAAGAGUGAGUAAAUAAUUACAGUAUUUUCAUUUCUGGUAAACUAUUCCUUUAAAAUCUUAUGAACCUGACAUACAGUAGUUUUACAGACGAGCCUUUUCUUUGAAGAAUGUCAUACUACUUUUACGUGUGCUUUGUCAUAUUCACCAUCUUUAUUUAUGAAAUUCUAUAAUGAUGUACUAUGCUGCCAAGUGUUUAGCAUACAGCAGGAUACACUGAGUGGAAAAUGGUAUCCCGCUCUCGACUUGACCUUCAGUUCCCUGUGUGACUAGUGGGCCGUAAGUAAUAUCACUUGUGAUUUAACAUUUCCUUCAUUCAUUUUGAUCAGACUGCCAGAACAUUUUUUUUUUUUUACAAAAUGUGAUUUUAAAAGUUAAUCAGCAUUUAUUUAAUAGAUCCACAUAUGUCAUGUGCUUGCGUAAAUAUAAAAGGCUCAUUUACACCAACAUUGAUUUAUUUGCAAAAACAGAACUCUUUUUUUUUUUUUUUUUACAUUUUCAAAAAUCGUUUUUUUUGUUUGUUUUUGUUUCAUUUGAAAAAUCUAGAUAUUUUUUUAUGUAUAUAUAAAACAGUUAUCAGUUUUUGCAAAUAAACUCUUCACAUAUAAUAUUAACUAUAACGUUGUUCACACUAAUUAAUAGCAUGUUUCUUAUAAGAAUGUACUGCAGUUAAGGUGUCUAGUGCUUUAAAAUUCUGAAGGUGGAUUUUGAUUCAUCGUUCAUCGGCUAGAAAAAAACCCAUUCUGAAAGUGUUUCCAGCAAUAUGCUUCUUUUUUUGUUGUUACCGUUAUAGCCGUGAUGUAGACUUUUUUUUAUUAUCGUUGAACAGUUAUUAGAAAUUUCUUGUUACUGUUAUCUUCCUUUGUGUGAACACGCCUAAUAGUUUUUUGACACGAUUAACGUUGAACUGACCAAUCAGGUGCCAGCACUCUAACUACACUUUUUAAUAUACAAAUGUACGGUGGGGACCAAGAGACCACUAGUCUCAUUACAAUUGAAAAAUGACGCGUCUACCGAUUUGAUUAGUGACCUAGAUACAAUGAAGAAUCAAAGUAUUUCUGCUUUGUUGUACUUUGUUUUAAAUAUUUCAACAUCCUAAAACUUUAAAUAAGAUUUUUUUGUCUCAGAUUUUAAGUGUGGACUUUUGGACCCAACUGUAUAUUAACCAAAAACAGGAACAAAUCUCAUGCUUAACCAUUUUUAAGAGUCCCAUUUUUCUUCCUUCUAAUGGGACUCGGGUCACCGGCUCCUCUAUGAUUUACCAGUUGGAAACUCAUCGCAAUAAGCUGGGCUGAAGCGUUUUCUAGAACGUACCUGCAGGCUGUUUCAUAUAACGGCUCUGAUGAGCUAACCAGUGGAUUAGAUGUGAAAAGAAGGUGGUACUGGCUGGUGUUUUGUGUCUGUUUGUUUUUCUUUUUUUUUUUUCCUCACAAGUACAUCCUGAGAUGCUUCUAAUUGAGUUUUUUUUUUUCUUUUCAAAGCCUCUUGAAAUUCUAAUACUCUCUCUGCUCUGUUUAACAGGACUCAGGGAAAAAGCUCUUACGAAUAUUAGAUACGCGUGGCCCGUAUAAUCCCCUGUGGGUGGAAUGUGUGCGUUUUUGUGUUUGUUUUUGUAUAGCUUCAUGUUUGUGUGGCAUGAAGGGUGUUCUUGUAAGGAUGUGUGCUGCCGUGCGUUCAGGUAAGCUCGUGAGAGUUGUCCUUGAGUGUGUGGAACGAAGCAUUUGUUUGUGUAUCGAUGGUUCUGUUCUGGCAUUAUGAGAACCUUGCUCAAGGUUUCUGAACCCAUUCAGUUAUGAACCACUUUGCUGAGACAUCCAGCACAGUUACUUCAUGUCACAAUCACCCCCUCCCCCCCAAGUAUGUGCUUAUUUUUUUAUUAUUUUAACCUCUGUCUUUAUGCGUCCAGUUUGCAAUCAAGUGUGCAAUUUAUGUGGCUAUACUGUGAGAUCAAUACAACAUCUGUUGAUCGAUAGAUACGAGAGUGCAAAUAGCCAAUCACCAGUCCUCCGUCUCUCUCUCCAUCACUCUGUCUCUUUUAUUGAAUAGAGGGUUGCAGCAGGUCAACUCUACAAACAGGAUGAACAGCUCCGCGUCUCUGUCGCUCUCCCAGAGAAAGUCGGAGCGAGAGAGGGGGAGAUGGAUGGAUGGUGUUGUGCGCUGACUGUUGAGACUAAAAAGGUGGAGAGAGGGAGGACGAGCAGGUUAUUGUGGAAAAACGGAUGAAUACAGUUACGUCUGAUACUGCUAAAAGGGCUAUAAACGGCUACAUGUGCUUUCCUGCUGCAAUUUCUGUCACAUUGAUACUACUUACUGGCCAUAUUGGCAAGAGUUAAUUAUUACAAUAAGUAAGAUUAAAAAUGGCUGGUCUAACCUUCAGCAUUUGCAAGUACAUUUUCAAAUAUAUUAAAAGAGAAAAUAGGUAUUUUAAGUUGUAAUGGUAUUUCACAAAUAAAUGAAACCUUGGUUAGAGACGUCUCUCGAAAGCUACAAAAUAAAUAAAUAUUCCAAACUAUUGGCCCGCUAUGCACACGUUUUCAUUACAGCUCUGGAUAAUGUACUGAAGGUCAGGAUUAAAAGCUUUCUUUUUUAAUAAUAAUAUUAUGAUGUUAUAUUUUAAUGUGUAAAGAAUAUUUCAUAACUGUAUUUUGAAGAAACAGUAAAAAAACACUUGAGAUAUUUGAAAAAGACCUGAUCAAAAUUGGAAUGCGCUUUCACAUUCCUCCAAGUUAUUGGCGUUAAUCUGGCACCUGGUGUUAAUUUAAUAAAUAAUUUAACAAACGCUAUUUUACUGGCAGCAUUCCUCCAAUGUUCACUGAUGGCGACGAUGACAGACAGCUCUAAAGUGACUAUAACUCUGCUCAGAUGAAGGCCAAAGGGAUGACCCUUUUAGCUAUUGCAGAAGUUGGUCAUUCCAAAUUGGUGAUUUAUUUAUUUAUUUAUUUAUUUUUAUAAAUAAUAUAGAAGACUGCAGGUUUACAUGACACUCAUUCAUUCAUGUUCCCAAAAAGGCUGACUUUCCGAAUGAAAAGUCAACAUAAAAACAACAUAAUUCAGAGACCCUCAAUGGGGAAUCAGUUCAACCCUGCAGCUGGAAUUGCUUGCCAGGGUAAGGAUCUGUCUUGGCAUUUUUAUGAGAAGUUGGACACAAAAAACAGCACAAGCCCCUCAUCAGCAGGAACAAUCAAAAAGCUAUCCUCAUCUUUGCUGAAGAGCAUGUUGUGUGGAAAGUUCAUUUAGGUCUGAUGGGAAACAUUGUUCAUGAGCAAAUGGGGGGAAAGACUGAACCCAAAGUGCAUAAAGAAAUUAGUGAAAAUUAGAAGAGGAAUUGUCAUUGUUUUGGGCAGGAGUUGGGCCCCUUAUACAAAUACAUGGCAAAGUGAACACACGUGCUUAUCAGAACCUCCUUCAUCAACAUAAAGUUCAGUACCUGCAAGCAUCAGCAAUCAGCCUGUUGUUUUUAUGCAAUAGGCAUAGCAGUUCCUUGAAGUUAAGAACAUUGAAAUCAUAAAAUGGCUGGGCCAGAGUCCUAAUCUAAACCCGACAAAAAAUGGCGACAAAGUUAUGGCUAAGAAAUGCACUAGAGUUAUAGCUAUGAAAGAAGAUCACACCAAUGCACUGAGAGAGAUGCUGUGGCCACAGAUGUGCUGAAGUCAUUCAAAGCAAGGGCCCCUUUUUUCUUUUUCGAGUCUCAAAAAUGAUGUUGCUUAUUUUUCUGUUUGCUGUCUUUCCCCAUCACAUCUCACUUUUGUCAGUGAAGGUCAGGGCUAGUCCUACAUCCUCAGAGCUGUAAGUUGUGACGAGUUUAUCAAAAAAGGCAAUUGCCUGUUGAAAAUAUAAGAGGGGCUUGCGUUUCCUACAGCCGCCCCGUGGAGUUUUACAAUUUUUCACAUCCGUCUCCUCCCCCUUAUUAUGUCUCUGCUUUGGCUCAAUAUACGAACAUUUGAUUUGUCACUUGUCUCAACACGCAUUGCAGAUAGAUGCCCUCAGACAGCGCUGUUUCUGUGAUGAAUGGAGGAUACUAUGGCCUUGUGAUAGAACAAGAGAUGGAUGGAUAUUUAAGGGAAAAGGAAAGAGAUAAACUGAUAGAAAGUGACGCAAAGCGCGAGAGAGAAGGUGGCGGAUGAGACAGAUCGGGAAAGGAGAAGGGACAGAGAUGUAUGGAGAGGGAUGUGGAGAGAGCAGCGGUUGUUUAUCUCUGUGGGCGCGUAUGUUAGUUAAGUAGACGUAUAGACUACAGCAGGGCAGUCAAUGGAGCAGAAUAAAUGCGACCGUAGAUCAUUAUCUGUUGACGCCGCUAGUCUCGUGGCUUCUGGCCUGCAGCGCGGUCCAUCAGCCAUGAAAGACUAUUGUCAAAGUGUAGAUGUGAGAGAUUUUGACCUCUCCACAGCUUUUGUGUCCGUUGAGAUAGCUGAAAGAAAGUGGAUAAUGGAUCUGCAAAGAUCUUUUCAUCUUAUACACCGAGCUGAAGUUAUGAGAUUCUUAUGAGGCCUCCAACAUAACCAAAGAUAGCCGUAUUUAUGUUAGCAUUCUCCUAGCAGUCUACAGGGCCUUCUAGUGUCUCCCCGUUUCAUUUCUAAUAUCCGCAGAUAAAUAUUGCCAUGCGUUUUCCACUAUUACAAGUAAAUAACGUUGAAUUUCUGCUUUACUCUUUUUCGCAGCUUAAAAGCACUUUCUAGCUGUUUGAAAGCAAGAAUGCAUCUAAUGCGGAAAAAUUCCCAACUCUUCACUAGCAUUGUGCUCUUUGUGCCAUAGUGCUAGGUAUAGGUGCAUAGACUAGGUUCUGUAAGUCAAAAAAAGUCAAUUUCGUCAUAGAGAAAUAGAUUUUUAUCAUGAGGUGCGUUUCAAACCCAAUAAAGGCAAAACGCAAAAGAAAAAUGUACUUAUCACUUGCAAAUUGGAAGUAAAUUCCACAAAUAAAUACAAAAAAACAGUGAGCUUUGAAUACAUUUAAAUAUUUGUGUGAAUUCAACUUAAAUAUAUAUGUGAUUUCGAUGUGCACAAUAAACUGUAUUUCCAGUUCCAAA